UUCACAAUAGGGCCCUCUCUCUAGCCCUGUGAGUGUGUGUGUGUGUGUGUGAGUGAGAGAGAGAGAGAGAGAGGUGGGGUUGGAGUGUGACUGUUUGGGUUGCGUUGUUAAACUGGGCACACUGCUGCUCCAGUCUAAAUCUCAGGAGUUAGGGGUUUCCUAUCAGAGAAGUCCUCGGUGGCACAGGAGACUCCCCAGUGUGAGAAGCAGAACAAACUAAUUAACUGUCACAAACCCUGCCAACCCCUUGAGAAGCACUUUCAAACUCCAAUUUCGUCAAAAGAGUGCCCAUAACCCUCCUCAGGGGAACGCUAAUGUCCUUACAAGGUGAACAAACAUUCUGGGGCACUUUUGGUGACUUGGGACCGAGGAAAGUACCACGAUGACAGGCCAACUACCUCAGAGGCUAUUGUUUUGGUUCAUUGCGUUGGUGGGCAUCGGAUUGUUGGCGUUAAUUGUGAUAUGUGUGGCUCUGCAGAUUCAGAUGCCAUGGCAAGUGAUGACCUUCCAAAGCUUCACUCUAAAAAGAUACAGGUAUAUCGGAAAUGACAUCAAUAGCUCUUUGGACUACCACCCAUCUGCUGAGAAUGAACUAUACAGUGAUGCGGAGCAAGAGCACAAUUCUGCCCUGCAAUCAAAUCUUCAGGAUUUUCCAUUAGCAGACAGAUCAAAGCCUGAUCAUGCAAAUUCAAACACAAACUCCUCAAAACCAGUGCCAAAUAAUAAGACAAAAUCAUACAAAUCAGCAAAACCCACCGAACCAGACUUUUUUGGUGACCAAUAUGCCAUAGAUGAUGUUCCUUCACAAACAAACUGUCCAAGCAGUAUUAAAAAACAUGUGUCUCAGACUGCAUUUGCUGAAAUGUUUCUCCAAAGCAUUCCAGUCCUUCAGUGGGCAAAGCAUUUCACUCCAGAACAGUACCAGCGGUUGAGUCGCUAUGGAGGAGCGCAUGGCUGGGGAAGCGUUGAUGUCGAAGUGUUGAAGAGCUCACUGGGAAUUUUAAAUACAACCGCAAAUCGGUUAAUGUUUGACGACUGGGAGCAGAGAAAGAACAGAUCACAGUGUGUCCGCUGUGCCGUGGUGGGAAACGGUGGAAUUCUGAAUGGUUCAAGGAAAGGCAAGGAGAUCGAUGAGCAUGACUACGUCUUCAGGGUGAAUGGUGCAAUUCUUAAGGGGUUUGAGAAGGAUGUGGGAUCGAGGACAUCAUUUUAUACAUUCUCCACUAACACCAUGCGAAACUCCAUGCAUAGCUAUGCUGGCCUAGGCUACAGGGGACCACCCGUAACCGAGGAAACUAGAUACAUUUUCCUGCCAGAUCAUGAUAGAGAUUAUAUACUUAUGAAGGCAGCUGCUACACACACAAUAAUUGAGAAAGGCCCUGAGCGCAGCAAAACACCUCCUACAUACUUCGGGGAAGAUGUGACAGUAGAAAAAUUCAAAAUGUACCACCCAGACUUUAUCCGUUACCUUAGAAACAGAUUCCUGCAUUCGCACAUUUUGAAAACAGGUGCGAGAAGGAUUUACAGGCCGUCCACAGGAGCAGUAAUGCUUCUGGCAGCUAUUCAUACCUGUGACCAGGUAGAUGCUUACGGGUUCAUGACUCCUGACUACAUUUUGUACUCGGACCACUACUACGACAAACAACGACAUCCGGUGCGUUUCUUUGCCAAUCAUGACAUGAAAAUGGAAAUGAAGGUGUGGCAACAGCUGCAUCAAGCCGGACUGAUGAAUCUCUACAUGCGCCACUCAGCGCAAAAGGAUGGACGCUAGUGUUUCUUCACUGUCACAGAUAGAACCAAAAACCAGCGUGGAAGGCCACAGCACAAACUUGUUAUUCUCCUGUCUGUAUUUGCAAUUUUUGCUAUUGACGAUGAAUAUCAGUUAUAUUGGUUUUUUUAUAUUGUUUAAAGGAUACUGCAUACAGAAGCUACAAAUGAGUGUCUCGUGCUAACACUCUGAAUUGGUUUUCUUUUAACUAAAUUACAAAGACUUCAUUAUAUAUACAGUAGGAGGAAGGGAGACGCCUUGAAAACAUUCUCCGAAAUUGCAAUAACUGUCCUGAACUGAACUCUGUGUUCUUGGCGUAUAUUUGUUCUCACAUUGUGAGUCAUUCCAGAUCAAGGCAGGGCAGCAUGGACUGUGGUGCCGCUCUGGACAACAUGAUACAUAAAAGGUUUCUGUAAUAUUUUGACGUGCCUUAGGACUUCUUAGAUGAUGCACUGGCAUGGUUUGUGUGUGUGUGUGUGUGUGUGUGUGUGUGAGAGAGAGAGAAACAGAGAGAGUGUUUUAAAAAUACCUGCAUCUUCAAAGCAUCCAGUCCAAAAUAAUCAACCAAAGAGAUUAUUUUUAAAUGAGUUUUUAAUUCAAUUCCUAAUCAUAUCACUUUAACAUGGUAUGUGAAUAUAAAUGAUUGUAGAUGGCCCGUCCAAAGUGCACUUCAUGUUGCAUUACCUGAAACUGUAGAAAGGGGGUUUAAAGGGUUUUCUGUUGUUAGGAGGAUGUUUUAUGCCUUAGGCUAUUAAGUUUAAAGCCUAACUUUUUCUUAAAGCUUUAAAGUGCAAUAUCGUAUGUACAGCACACUAGCUGUUGGAACUGAAAUGUGAAUUUCUUUUAUGAUUUGGCUCAUCUUGCUAAGGUCUGUUUGGUCACAUGAAACUAUCUGUUGACUGUAUUUAAUAAAGUUUAUUACCAGAUAUUUUAACUGUUUUAUUAUGUUGGGUUUACUUAACAGGUUUAGGGAUUUGUCACUCCACUUUUUAAUACAAAAUUUUGGUAACAGAUGCAAAGUCACAAAUGAAUACUAAAAAUUGAAAGUUGAUCCAAAUAGUGGCUGCAUUGUGUAUUUUUCCGCUCAGAAUAAAUCAUUGGAAACGGCUGUU